ACGUUGAGGACGCAAGUCAGCAUUGCCAAACGCACCCGCGCCAUCCACCCCGCUCGUGCUAACAAAUCCAGGCGUUUUCUAAAUGUGCACGAAUUGAAGUUCUGUGCCAAUGAUCCUGAAGUGUUUGUCCAAGCAGCACUGUUGGCUCAGGAUUACUGUGAUGCCAUAGACCUAAAUUUGGGUUGCCCCCAAAUGAUUGCAAAGAGAGGUCACUAUGGAGCAUUUCUGCAAGAGGAGUGGGAUCUUCUUCAGAGAAUGAUUUUACUGGCUAACGAGAAGCUCUCUGUUCCCAUCACAUGCAAAAUCCGCGUUUUCCCAGACAUUGACAAGACAGUGAAGUAUGCACAGAUGCUGGAGAAAGCUGGCUGCCAGCUGCUGACUGUGCAUGGCCGUACUAAAGAACAGAAAGGACCACUUGCUGGCGUGGCAUCUUGGGAGCACAUUCAAGCUGUAAGAAAAGCUGUAAACAUUCCUGUAUUUGCAAAUGGAAACAUCCAGUGUCUCAGCGAUGUGGAAGAAUGCAUACGUAAGACAGGAGUACAUGGCGUCAUGAGUGCAGAAGGUAAUCUUCAUAACCCAGCUUUGUUUGAGGGCCGAAACCCAUUGGUGUGGGAGAUGGCUGAGGAGUAUCUGGAGAUAGUGCGGAAGUACCCUUGUCCAUUGUCUUACGUUAGGGCACAUCUCUUCAAGCUCUGGCAUCACACGCUUCAAGUUUACCAGCAGCUGCGUGAAGAAUUAGCAAAAGUGAAGACUCUAGAAGGCAUCGUAGAUGUCAACAGGGAGCUGAAACUACGAUGCCAGGAAGAAAUAGCUAAUCAGAAAGAAGGAGAAAAACCAAAAGAAGGGUUGCCUUUUUUCCACUGGAUCUGUCAGCCAUACAUCAGGCCAGGGCCAAAGGAGAGAUGUAGGGAGAAUGGAGAUAGUGGAACUGAAAAAGGUGUGCGAGGGAAACGUGCUCUGGAAGAAGAGGAAGAUGGAAAUUCUGAGCUUCUGUCAAAGAAUAAACAAAAAAAGAAGUUAAGAAAUCCUAAUAAAAGCUUUGAUCCAUCUUUAAAACCCAAAUAUGCAAAAUGUGAUCAAUGUGGAAACCCUAAGGGCAAUAAAUGUGUGUUUAAUAUGUGCCGAGGGUGCUGUAAGAAAAGAGCAUUCAAGGAGGUAGCAGAUUGUCCAGGUCAUGGAUUACUUUUUAAGACCAAGUAUGAAAAAUCUCUUUCAUGGCAGCACAGUCAAAGAGGAAUUCAAACCGCAGACAUCAAUCAGAGAGGAGAUGCACAGGUGGGGGAGACAGCAGUGCUGAAAGAGGCUGCUGACAGUACAGGGUGAAGCUUUGGAAAUGAACAGCCCAAGAGCUCCUGCCAGACCACUACCCUGGGCCAAAGAAUGUGUCAUCUCCAGCUCACUAUCAGCUGUGUGAACUUGUUCCACAUGAUUAAGUUCUAGAAAAAUUUUAUUUAAGUAAAAAACUGCUUUUACUCAGGGAAUUAUCCUGCAUUUGAAAUAAAAGAGAUGCAAUUAAAUGUCUCAUGCUGCAUUUGAAA